CUUCCCCCUGUGGAGUCAACCCCCUGUGCUGGUGUUGGUGCCCAUUUUCCAGGCCUCCUAAAAAAGUGGCUGGGGCUAGCCCUUCCACUCUUUCCAGCCCAGGCCAGUUUCCUUUCAUCAUUUCCUCCAGCCCUGGCGUCCGUCCGUAGCCAUCUUGGCUCCAGUGGCCCACGGAGCGGGGGCAGUCUCGCCAGGGCCCGCCGUUGGUCUCAGUCGCCGCUCUCGGGGAAACCACCAUGAGUUUGCACAGUUGCGCGAUGGGCGCCUUCUUCUCGACGGUCUCGGCCGAUGCGGACGCCCAGCUCGCGCACGUGAAGGCGCAGUCGGAGGCGGAAGCGGACGCCCAGCUCGCGGCCGACGAGAAGCGCGUGAAGGCGGAGGCGGAGGCGCCGAAAACGAGGUCUAGUUCGUGGACCGUUAAUUGCAACCACAGAAGGAUGGGGGGGCCCGAGCUGGAGCCCCUCCUUUGCGUUCACCGACGUCAUCGACGUGGCGUGGCUCGUGGACCUCGCGGGCGGCAGGGUGAUGCCCGAGCGCAAGGGCGUGGUGCCCGCGUGGCAGGGGUUGCCGCCAGAGGCGAAGGUGUCCAUCACGGAGCUCCGCAAGACCACGUACAGCAACGGGCUCUCCGUGGCAAUCCUGCGCUACGGCUGGGCCACCAGGCACCGCCCUGACCCCACCGUGGAGCAGCUGCGCAGGCUCCUGCCAGCGUUGCGGUCGACGGCCAACGGGAAUCAUCUGAACGGUGGGGGCGCUUGGGGCGACUGCGCCACACGGGGCCUCGUGUGGGACUUCUUGUCGCAGCGCGGGUACACGGGCUACAAGGCGGAGCGCGACGACCGCACCGAGUACCAGCUGAAGCGCUUCGCCAAGGGCCUCGCGAGCAUCAACAUCUGGUACGCCCACAAGAGCGUUACAACGCUGGUGUGCGACUGGCCGAUGCCCGCUGGCGUGGGGAACCAGCACUCCAUCGACCAGCGCGGUUGGUGUGUUUUCGAGCGCUGCCUGAGCAGCAUCGUCAAGCGUGCGAGCUGCUAUCUGCACAUGAGCAGGUUACCCUCGGGCGCAGAGAACAAAGCCUGGUGGAAGGUGGCGCGGCUUUGCAAGGGCAAUCGCGAGCCCAUGAUUACCCCCGACGCGCUUGAGCAGAUGAUGCGUGAGGGCAUUGCUAGCGGCGCGCUAAAAUUUACCAAUGGCAUGGGCGCGACCAAUAUCUGCGUCCCGCAGUACCACGAGGCGUUUGCCAGGCUCCUCAGCAAGACCACUCGUCUAGAUUAUCCGAAGCUCGGUUGGGGCCCGGACCAGGGGACGCAGCUGGCGGCCGCGUUCGAGUAUGCGCAGCGCGCGGGCAUCACCGCGGCAGCAGAGACGCUCAACCUCUGGGACAACAGUCUCGGCAGCGAGGGGAUCCGGGCCAUCGGCAGGGUGGUCGAGCGGACGCGCUGCCGAAGCUCCGCUGGCUGUACAUCGAAGGCAAUCGUCAUGACCGCCUCGCGCAGGCGUGGAUCAAGAAGGUGGCCAACGCUGCACGAUGUGCAACUGUUGCAUGAUGUGCGAGGUCCCCGCGUCUCGUCCUGCCUGUGCCCCCCGGGGAGUGAUUCCAGCACCCUUUCGCGGCUGACCUGCACUGCGGUGAGGCGCCCGCACUCGCCGAAUUCAAGUCGGCCUUGCAUGGUCUUCUGCCGAGAUGAUGGUGUCAUCAUUCCAUAGUCACUAGUAACUACCAGCUGGCCUCUUGUCGUUGUCGCUGAA